AUGCCCAGCCAACUCAACAUCUUUGUGCGUGAGGGGAAGAUCUACACCUCCCUCAACGCAUCUUCCCUUCCCGACGACAUUCCUCACGAGCCAGUCUGGGACCCCCGGGACGAUCAUGACACAUCUCCGGACGACAGCACUUCACCCCUCACUACUCGCUGGGUGUAUGCAGCUCGUCCAUGGUUUCCUCUCAUUCCCUUGAAUCCUAGCUUCGACGGUCCCAUAUUUGAGUGUCUAAACCACUCAAUGUUUUCCCUUUACACGGAGGUCGACAGCCAGGGGAAGCACCUUCUCCAUCGCGACAUUAGAGAAAAAUGGCGCGAACUAGAGCAGAAGUUGCUCUGGUGCCAGGAGCUUUUGGGAGCUGGACUCCUAAUUCCAUGGGGCACUGUGCUUCCACGUGCUCCCUCUCAAUAUGGGUACCUGAGGUCGCACUCAGACACGAAGCUUGCUAAGAAAGUCGCACUAAGAUUGCGCAAUGCAUUCCUACAUACGUGA